UCAAUUGGCAAUUCAGUGCUCGCUCUCUAAAAAGGCAAAGGUUUUCGUCUCAUCUGUCACACAACACAACACACAUUCUUCAUCUUUUCUCCGCCGCUUCAAAAAUUUUCAUACAAAAACCAAUUAGCUUUUCAGCAGAGAAUUAAUGGAGUUAUCAGCUCAACAACCACCAGCAGCGCUUAACCAAAAUCGACAGCAAGAUCAACAGCAGGCCGCGUGGUUUAUCAGAGCAGUACUGGCGAAGAUCAUCAUGUAUUGUAGCAACAACAAAGGUGGUACUGGCAGAGUAAGCACCAGAUCCAAAAUGCAAGCAGAAAUGGGCAAGCGUUACUAUAUGAUUUUACUGGUUAUCAAUUACAUGUGUCUCUUCUUGGGUUCCGUUUCGUCUAGUCUGCUUUCGAAAUUCUACUUCAAUCACAAAGGUGGCAGUAGAUGGGUUUCCACUUGGGUACAAUGUGCUGGUUUUCCUCUUCUUCUAUUCCCAAUCUGCUUUUUCAGAAUUUUCACCGACAGAAAAUUGUUUUCUGGGUUCACCCCUAAAAUCAUCGCCCUCUCAAUUCUCAUCGGGUUGUUGUUGGGGGUUAACAAUCUUCUUUUCUCUUGGGGGAAUUCUUAUCUUCCUGUUUCAACGAAUUCUCUGGUUUUGUCUACUCAAUUGGCCUUUACCCUCGUUACUUCCAUGAUUAUCGUCAAGCAAAAAAUCACAUACCCCAAUCUGAACUGUGUCGUCGUUCUCACCCUCAGUUCGGUCAUAUUAGCCCUGAGUUCAAGUCACGACAAACCGAUUGGAUUAACAAAGGCGAAGUACUUCAAAGGCUUUUUCUCAACCGUAGGUGCAGGAUUGAUGUUCGCUCUUUACCUCCCUGUCAUGGAGAAGAUAUACCAAAGAGUUAACUGCUACGCCAUGGUAGUGGAAAUGCAGCUGGUCAUGGAGAUAGCGGCGACGGUGUUGGCCACGGUGGGUAUGGCAGCGGACGGCGGUUUCUCUGAGAUGAAGAGGGAGAGCUUGAAGGUGUUCGAUUUAGGACCGAAAGCGUACUGGCUGACGGUGGGGUUUAAUGUGGUGACGUGGCAGGUGUGUUUCAUGGGUACGGCAGGGAUGGUGUUUUUGACGACGUCGUUAACUGGAGGUGUAUGCAUGACGGCGCUGAUGGGGAUAAACGUGUUGGGUGGAGUAUUAGUUUACGGUGAUUAUUUCAGUGGGCUUAAAGCUGUGUCGACUUCGCUAUGUGUAUGGGGAUUUUGUUCAUAUAUUUACGGCAUUUAUAUGAACAUGAAGGAAGAAGACGAGAAUAGCAUAGAGAAGAAUGUGAAGAAGAUGAACAGUGAUCAUAUUAUGGAACUUGCAGAGAUUGUUGUUACGCAUAACGCCUCAGGGUGAUCACGUGACAUCUCUCUCUAUUUUGUUUUCGUUUUAUUCGAAUAUAUUAGGGGUAUUCUGGAGCUGGUUUAUAACUGGCAAGUGUUUGUAUUCAAGUUAAGUAAUGGAAAAGUAAGGAGUAAUGAUUUAUGGUUUUGACC